UCAUGCUGCUGCCAGGUCCAGAGUGUCUCAUGGGUCCCUGUACGGCCUCCCAUUGCUGCUGUCUCCAUCGCCACACUCUGCCAUGUGCCACUUUCAGGUCUCCUCACACUGCUGGUGUGUUCAAUUUUUUGUCAUAGGGUGCUGGCAGAUUACGGGCCUCCCAUAGCUGCUGCCAGGCCCCUAAUCUGCCAUGGGCCCCUGUACCGCCUCCUCAUGCUGCUGCCAGGUCCAGAGUCUCUCAUGGGUCCCUGUACGGCCUCCCAUUGCUGCUGUCUCCAUCGCCACACUCUGCCAUGUGCCACUUUCAGGUCUCCUCACACUGCUGGUGUGUUCCAUUUUUUG